AUGACGGCGUCGUCGCCGAUGGUGCUGUCCCUCCUGCUCUUCGCCUCGCUCACGGCGCUGCUCGUCCUGGCCCCUCGCACGGCGUCGCCGCCGCUGCCGCUGGCCGUGGUGGUUGGGGACGAGGAGGCGCCGCCGGCCGCCGCUGGUGGUGCUGCGGGGAUCAGCGGCGGAGGGGCGGGAGUUGAGGAGGGACCGGAGGACCUCGCGCUAUACCGGCGCGUGACGCUCGACGCCGGCGAGGGCGCGGCGGUGGCGUCCAAGGUGGCGUUCAUGUUCCUGACCAACUCCGACCUCACCUUCGCGCCGCUUUGGGAGCGCUUCUUCGCGGGGCACGCUGACCAGUUCAACGUCUACGUGCACGCAGACCCGGCGGUGCGGCUGCGGCUCCCCCCUACGCCUUCCUUCCGGGGCCGCUUCGUCGCGGCCAAGCCGACGCGGCGCGGGGACCCGAGCCUCAUCGCUGCGGCGCGGCGGCUGCUUGUCGCCGCGCUACUCGACGACCCGGCCAACGCCUACUUCGCGCUGCUCUCGCAGCACUGCGUCCCGCUCCACUCCUUCCCGCGGCUCUACGAGGCGCUCUUCCCGCCCAAGGCCGCGCACCACCACCGCCUCCCGAGCUAUAUCGAGGUGCUCACCGGCGAGCCCCAGAUGCCCGCGCGCUACGUGGCGCGCGGUGACGACGCCAUGCUCCCGGAGGUGCCCUUCGACCGGUUCCGCAUCGGCUCCCAGUUCUUCACGCUGGCCCGCCGCCACGCCGUGCUAGUCGUCCGCGAGCGCCGUCUCUGGCGAAAGUUUAGGGAGCCGUGCCUGCCGGAGUCGCAGGGCUCGUGCUACCCGGAGGAGCACUAUUUCCCGACGCUUCUCGACAUGGCCGACCCCGCCGGCUGCACCCGGUACACGCUCACGCGCGUCAACUGGACCGACAGCUUCGAGGGCCACCCGCACACGUAUUCCGCGCCAGAGGUGUCGCCGCGGCUCAUCGCCGAGCUACGCCAGUCCAACAGCUCCACCUAUGAGCACAUGUUCGCGCGCAAGUUCGCGCCCGACUGCCUUGGCCCGCUCAUGGCCAUCGCCGACACCGUCAUCUUCAAAGAUUGA